AUGAGUGACAAGAAAGAAGGUCAUGAUGAUCCUCAUAAGGAAGAGGAUAUGUUUCUUGGGGGAGAAAUGGGGAGUUUUUCGAUGAAUAACCAUCAUUUCUUGGGUGGUUUUGACAAGGAAAAUGAUGGAGGAUCAGGGCUUCUUGAUUUUGGGUAUGGUUACCUUAAUGAUGAGUACUUUGAGCUCAAACUCCCAUAUCCUGCGCAUGAUGAUACGCAACUUGGUCCCCUAGGUCCAUUCGGUGACUGUAGUGAAAAUGGUGAUCCUUUUCUUGAACUCCAAGAAACUUUAGAAACCCCAGUUCCUCAUGUGCUCCAAAAUGGAAGUUACCACCCUGCUGUUGUUUCUUCCAACGAGGAGGUUGGAGAGGUGGUGGUGGUGGAGAAGGAAGAGGAAGAGAACAACAAGGAGGGGCUUGAUCAGCAGCGGCCUCCAUCUCCUCCUCCUCCGCAAGAAGUUCAUAAUCACCUUCGCAUUAGUUAUACUUCUGAUCUGAAACCUCGGCUUAGAUGGACGCACGAACUCCAUUCAUGUUUCGUUAAUGCUGUCAAAGAGCUUGGUGGAGCUCAAAAUGUUCUCGUAGUCCCAUUGGAUGGUCUAAGAGGAGAAUCUGGAAAUUCUUGGAUUGCACCAAUGAUUCUUUACCGUAAAGAGCCGUUAGUGAAUUGCAAUCAGGUUCAAUCCAUAUAUUCGUGUGAUUUGGUUCCAUCAGACCGAAAUGCAAUGGGAAAAAGAGAGUAUGCUAACAGUGAAGCAACUCCGAGGUCUGUUCAAAAGUUGAUGGAUGUGGAGGGAUUAACCCUUUUCCAUGUCAAGAGCCACCUCCAGAAGUAUAGACAAGGCAGAUAUUCAGUUCGAUACAGCGAGUCACGCAAAACUGCUGCUCAAGGAAUCGAAGGACCAACCAACUCUGUGAACUUGCCCCCAGUUGAAGCAACGAAUCAGCCCAACGGCAAUUCAAAGGCUAAGAAAGAAGAACGAGGGAGCCUCUAUCUGCAGAUUCAGGCCCAGAGGGCUAUACAAAGGUAUGUGCAUGCCCAUAGGAGUUACCUCGACAUAGCAAUAAACAACGCAUGUAAGCUUCUUUCUAACCAGUGUAUUGGGGGUGCAGCCGCACAGAACAGCACAGGAUCAGGAAACGAGGGACCUCUGAUGCCAUAUUUUUACCAGAACGAGCAGAAUGCAAGCUAUGCAUAUAAUUCAAUGGAGGCAGUCAAAGCACAACAUGAUAGCUUCCAAACCAACAACUCCCUUCCAGUCGAGCAUUCAGCAAGUUCAUAUCUGGACGGUUCCAACAGUACACUUCCUGGACAAGGAAGCAAUGCGGCUUGGGCACUGGAUGAGGACCCUGAUGGCUAUCUGAAUUGGGAUGACAGCGAUGCAAACAUCCUAGCUAUCGACUAUCGUCGCUUCAAUCCCGAUGGAGGUGCUGGGACCUCUAAAUGA